GAACGAGCGUUAGAUAAAUGAAUUAUGGAACUGAGGAAAUAAAAUUAACGAAGCAUUACGCCGUGAUGUUUCAAACUAAUAUUGUAGUAUAAUAAUAGUGUAGUAAUGGCAAUGCUAUAGUAUGAUAAUAACUUUACAACAUGUACUAUUAAGCUAAAUUGUUAAACUGAGUAAUUAACGGAAACUCACUCACCAGGCCAUCAAAUUGUGAUUUAAUAAAUUACUACACUACUACUAUAUUUUUCAAAAUAGAUUGCAAUUCUUUUAUAGUAUUAUAAACCUUUCAAACGUGAUUACUCUCUUCAAAUCAUGCGGAAAACAUCCUUGUCAAUUAUUACUUAAAUAAAAAAAAAUUAAGUCGAUAUCUGUUAUAAAUUCUAUUCGAGGGUUUCCAUAAAAUAAGUUAAAUAAGUUUAACAAGUUUAUUUUAUACUACUAUUUUUUUAGUUACAAUUCUUUAUUUUAAUAAUAUAUUUUAUUAAUCAACGCUUGUAAUACUGUCAAUAUCGAUAAUUAUGCAAAAACUUAUAAACUCAUAAUAUUUUUAAUUGUAUAAAUACAAUAAAAGAAAUAUUCAAAAGUUUACACAAAACAUUCUAAAAUGGAACUACUUGUGCCAACAAUUUCGGAUGUAAUCUUUAAAUACACGUGGCCUAUUCCACGCUACAAGAAAUCUAUUUCAAAGAAGAGCUUAAUAGACAGUUCCUCAUUUCAAACUAAUGUGAAUGGCAUUCAUAGUUCAUGGAAUUUGUCCAUCAGAUUCUGGAAGGAUCCUGACGGCAAAAGAAUCAUAAACCCUGUAGUCUUAUGUCUGAACAUGUUGAGCUGCAAUAUAGAUGAAGCAGAACAAGCAAAGAUACGUUUUCAAUUUGGAAUAUUCAAUGCUGAAUUAAAACACUGGGAGUAUUGUCAUGUGAACAGGACAAUAUUAGAAUUGAAAUCGUGCACUGAUAUAAUUUCUUUGGGUUAUAAAGACUUGUCCAUAGUUGACAGACAUAUAAAGAAAAAUGGUGAAGUUCUGUUGAUGGUUAAAAUACAAAUAAUUCAGUGUGAAAAUGAAAAACACAAUUUGUCGCAGGAUAUGGCCAGACUACUGAAACGCCCAUUUGGAGCAGACACUAAAUUACUUUGUGGAGGAUUAAAUAGCACAGAAAUUCCAGUCCAUAGUAAUAUAAUAGCUGCACGCAGCAGUGUUCUAGCUGAUAUGAUUUCACCAUUAGCAGGAUCACAAAUGAAAGAGACCUUGAAGGUGAAUACUGAAGAAAAAGUGCUGGAUAUGCAAGGCAUGGAAGAAGAAAAGGACCACUAUAUGUUUGUGCUAGAAUUGUUGGAUUUAAGUACAGAAGUGACAGAAGAAUUAUUACGAUACAUAUAUACUGAUCAUGUUGAUAAUUUAGACAAUUUGGCUCCCCAACUUUUAUCUCUAGCAGAGCGUUUCUAUCUACAAGGAUUGAAAGAGCUUUGCGAAAGAAAUCUUAUUGAAACAAUAAAUCCAGAAAAUAUAGCAAGUAGACUCUUAGUUGCAGAUGAAUUUCAUUGUGGUGCUCUUAAAAGAGCAAGUUUAACAUACUGUGAAGAAAAUGUAACUGUGCUCAAUAAAAGUUUAGCGUGGAAAAUGAUGGAACAUGUAAAUCCAGAAUUGUUCAAUGAAGUAUGUGAAGCUGGUAUUGGCAGUUCAAGAUCGAGUAAUAUGGAUGAUAGUGAAUUAAGUAAUUAAUUUUAUGAAUAUUACUAAUUUGUAUAAAUAAUGACUUAUGACUUUAUAUUUUUAAAUAAAAACUGUACAUAUA